AUGGGUGAAGAUGUGAAUGUCGUGGAAGACAAUGAAAACGAAGCCUCCUCUCAGGCUAAGUCGGAGCGCUAUCGAAGGCAGGUUCGCGAGCAGGAGCGCCUGGAGCGACUCUAUGGAAAGCUUACAGAUUUAUCCUACUCCGAUAUCACCCGUACGCGUGGCGGCCAGGUUGACUUCAUACGGCCAAACACCUUGGUAUGUAUCCGUGGAUCUAAAUCGCAGUUCGAUGCGCGGUCCGGGCAGAUGAAGGCGCUUCUCCCGCCCUUAACCUCCGACUGUUGUCAAACCUUCUCCGCGCUCUCCGCGGUUUUGCUUUCCUCGCUCGGGUUCGCCGUCAUGCUCAGCGAAUGCUGCACGACGUCGACGGUGAACUACCUCCUCUACGUCGCCGCCUGGAUGCACCAGCUGAGCUGCACUAGCUGGCCGCAGAAGGGCCUGCGGCCCACCCUACGCGAUUUGAAUGUUUGCCUGCAUCUCCGAAGCUUCUUUCCAGCCUGCGUCUGCGAUGGCGAGUUUGAGGUGGUUUUCUACAACCAACCCCGCAAGGUAACGACGCUGCUCCACCAGAUGUGCGGCGUCGGGGUCGGGCGGGCGAAGCGGCAGCUCGGCGAGAAUCGCGCGCCUGCGGUUUGCGGCUACGUCAUCGUCUCGGGCGACUACGCGGUUUCGAUUUUCUCCAUCCUUCAUGAUAUUCAACCGGGUUCGAAAUCUCGCUACGCGAAGGCGUGGAGCUUUUACAUCUGCGAUUCCCACGGCACGCAGCCGUGGUCGCUUCACAAGGCGAGCAUCUGCGGCGUCACCUUUGGGGUGCCCUCCGCCGAGGCGGCUCCUUCCUCGACUUCUUCUCCUCCCGUUGGUGGCGGUAGCGCUCCCGCGGAUCUCAUCACCGUCGAGGAUGGAAUCCAUUACUUCUCGACGAUGUUGUUUGUUCUGUUGGAGCAGCACCGGCAGCAAUGCGUGGUUAGUCCGACGCAGGUUCCGUAUAUGACAUGGACACCUAUUCGGCGAAGACGCUCGCUCGCGUAUACGGCGGGCGAGAUUAAGUCGAUUAUUGAUAAUCACUGGAUCCCAAAGGUGCUCUCCGCCGAGGCUGUUAAGGAGCAGGCGAGACGAUAUGGCUUCAAACCCCUGGAAUGCUUUUGGGGGAUUUCGUCUCCACCAUCCGCGAGUAAGGCACAAAACAACUCAUUGUCAUAA